UUAUUUUUGGCUGGAAUGGCGACGUCCUUUGGACAGCCAAAACUGCGCCUGUACGCUCAACUCAGCGAAAGGUGGAGGGUAAAGCUCAUCUCAGUCAUUUCCAAAAUGCUGACUGUCUGUGAUCGGCUCUCCUCCCAAGUCAGUUACUCGGUACACGAACGAACAUUCCUUGCUACUAAAACACAAACAGAUAAACUUUGUGAUUUGCCGCAUGUAGAAAAUGGAAGGAUUGCCCCAUAUUAUUACAGUUUCAAAGGUUACUAUUUCCCUAUGCGUAAAGGAAAAAGCCUUUCCUAUUCUUGUGUGGCUGGUUAUACAACCGAAACCGGGACUCAAGAUGGAAGAAUAACUUGUAUGGCGAAAGGAUGGUCUCCGGUGCCACGAUGCUACAAAAAAUGUAAUAAGCCUCUUCUGGAACAUGGCGUGUUUUACGGUACAGAAAUGUACUUCAACAUACACGAGAAACUACAAUACAAGUGUAACCAAGGGUACCACGCUCCCAGUGGCGGUACCGAAGAUACGGUACAAUGUCAGUCAGAUGGAUGGUCUUCCCAGGCAAGCUGUACUAAGACAGUGGAGUCAUGUCAAGUACCUGAGUUACAUCAUGGCAACUACUUCACAACCCAGCGAGAGCUCCGAGUGAACGAAGCGCUGCUAUACAAAUGCGACGAAGGAUACCGCACUGCAGGAGGAAAUGCUACAGAAGAAGCAGUUUGUCUUGCGCAUGGAUGGUCCCUUACUCCAAACUGCUCGAAAAAAACUUGCCCCUCUUUGGGUGGAAUAGAACAUGGAGGUUUCUAUCCUAUGAAGAAAUUCUAUGAAGAAGGAGAUGUAGUUCAUUUUUUCUGCGAGGAAAAUUAUUCUUUCCGUGAAUUUGACCUGAUUCAAUGUUAUUACUUCGGAUGGUAUCCAGACCCUCCAGCCUGUGAAGAUGUAACAAAUAAAUGUCCUCCACCACCGCUGCCUCCUAACGCCCAUAUCAUCGCAGAUAGGAGAAUGUAUCGCACUGGCGACAGAGUUCGUAUACAGUGUCAGAGUGGAUAUGAAAUAAGAGGAUCUGGGGAAAUCCGAUGCGAAAAAGGAAAAUGGACGUCACCCCCUAUCUGUAUGGGAUCUACGGAUAAAAAGGAAUCCGAGACACCGGCAGUCGAGGCGAAUGCGACGAUAAGGGCGAGCAAAACAUAUCACAGUGAAGAAAUGAAAAUACAGCAAAACUGUACCUCUCCGCCAGUGAUUAAAAAUGGUGUUCUUCUUGCCCCUUUAUUACCAAGUUACAAACAUGGUAGCUCGAUAGAAUAUGGCUGCCAGCGUUACCAUCUUUUGGACGGACCCAGUACUGUUUACUGCAAACGAGGAAACUGGACAGAAAGGCCUACUUGCUUGGAUCCGUGCAUUCUUAACGUAACUGAAAUGAACAGUAAUAACAUAGAGUUGAAAUGGAGACAGGAAGAAUUUGUCUUCCUACACGGUGAUCUCAUUGAGUUUGAAUGUAAGCAAGGAUACAAAUUUCCCCAUGUUACCGUGCCAUCUCCCGGGAGGACUUGGUGUGACCGUGGAAGGCUGAAAUACCCCAAAUGUGUUUUUCAAGUUCCCAUGGAAAAAUGUGACUCUCCACCAUCUAUUGCGAAUGGUGCUCUUACUCUCCCGCCUCUGACCCAGUAUGACAAUGGUUCUUCAGUACAGUACAGUUGCUCUGAGUAUUACUUCUUGCAAGGAUCUGAGAGAAUUUAUUGUUCUGAGGGCCGGUGGACUUCGCCGCCGCUUUGUAUAGAGCCGUGUACUUUGUCAAAGAAUGAAAUGGAAAAGAAUAACGUGCUGCUGGAAAGUUUUUAUGAGGACCAAGUUUACUUUUACCAUGGAGAUUAUGUUGGAUUUCACUGCAAACAGAACCAUUUUGGAGCAGAAUCUGGUGCAACUUUAUUUCAAGUGCAGUGCAAGAGAGGACAGCUAGCAUAUCCAAGAUGUGUUGAAAGGAGAAAAUAAUUAAGUAUGACUUCAAAAAAAUGUAGAGGAAAGUUAUGAUGUGUUUUUUAUCUAGUAUUAACGGUUGCAUUAAGGUGGCCUCAUAUCUUCAAGAUGACUACACUUGACUGAGAAAUGAGUGUUGUGGCAUCGCUGAAUCUGAGUCAAAGAGGGAGGGAAAUGAAAAAAUGUUCUGUGGACUGAGGACUGAGUAUACAGCAGUGCAUCACAAUAUUAACAAACUGCAUGUGGAAACGUUAGGAAGAAGAAGAGUUCUGUGAGGCUUAUAGUGCUUCUGCCAGUGCAUCUGUGCAAGAGAAUGUCAAAAGGAAUAUUUGUGAUGAAUUUUUUAUCAUUGUAUUCAGCUUUUCGCUGCAGUUUCACUAGGACUGUUUUCAUAAUUUUGGUUCCUAUUAUUGACGUUGCUCAUAUACUGUCGAGAUUUCUUCUUAUUCUGUCCCUGUCAUGGCAUUCAACGUUACGCAUUUGUUUUUCUGCCAGACCUUCAGCUCUGGCUGAAGCCGGGGGGUGGGGGGUCCCCUUUGGCAACAAUAGAUGGCAGACGAAUGUCAUUCGUAAAGCUGUGAAGAUGAGCACAUGAAGUAAAUAAUAAAGCACUGCAGUAGCUUAUCGCUUUGCACUGAAAGUGCUGGCAGUGAUUUUCCUGUCGUCUGGAAAAGGUUUUGCAACAAGAGGCUUCACCGACGAUGAAAAACAAACAAACAAGCAAGCCCAACACACGCUUCUCAAUAUGAGCAUCUAAAAUACACUGCCUACCUCUCUCUCAUUCUCACAGUCCAGGCAGUUAAAUGGAACCCUCCUCGCAAUAUGGAGCACCAGCUCUUUCCCCAGGACACUUCUCUGCCUUAUACAACCCACGGUCUUCUGACACAGAGACUGAGUGAGAGUGCCGCUGUCAAAUCCGCAUAUUAAGUGGCAUUAAAGCUCAAUUUUUUAUUUUUA